GGCAAAGAUACGGCGGGCAGUUUAAACUACCGGAUGUGACGUUCAGGACAAAAAAAACCCUCAAAAACGUCCGUUUUUUGGGUUGGCAUGGAUUUCGGAUGAUAAACAAAACUUUAAGCGUCCUGCCUGGUAAUUGCUUGUAUAGUAAACACUUGUUUCAAGUUUAAGUUGUCCUACGGAACCGUUAUGCCGGCGAACAAAGUGAAGCGUGCAAACAUUAGCCGUCGCCGCUAGCUGAACCGCAACCUGCUGUUUGCUUUUUUGGUUGAAAUGUCCGCCAGUGAAGUGCUCGAAAAUGAAGAGAAAAGUGUCCAGAUUAAGACCGAGUCCCAACGAAGAGGCUCGGAUAAUACGAGAGGAGCAGGAAAGGAGGAGAAAACUGCGGAUACAGCAGGUGCGGGAGCAGCACCGGUACAUUGCACAGCAGAUCCGCCAAGAUGUUGAGCAGAGGCGACAGUAUGAGCUGCAACAACUUGAGCGGGAGCUGAGGAAGGAGUGGGAGCAACAGCAGAGGGAAAAGCUCCAGAGGCUGCAGAGGGUGUACCAGGAGAGUCUCCAGCUGCUGGGCCAGGGGCACAGGAGUGCAAAAGAAAACGAACCCGACUUGGCAGCCAUAGCUCAGAGGGAGGAGGAGAACCACGUCAAAGCAGAGGAGCGUUACCGAGAAGCGCUGAAGGAGCUCAAAUCACAGAGGCUUAAAGACCAUGAGAGGCAAAACCAAGUUGUCAAUGCCAGGAAGAAGGCAUUACUGGCAGAAAAGGAAAGAUCAGCAAAGGUGGCUAGCCUUCCACUGCCUCUCCCAAACCCUGUUCAGAACAUCAGUCCCAAAAAGCCACGUUUCGUAAGGAGAUCGGAUGUGAGUGCCUUCGCUACCACACAUUACCACAUGGCCAAGAGUACAGUGGACAGAGAGGUGGACAUAAACCAGCCAAAUGCCCACGAGGAAGCUGAGCUACAUGCGAAAAGACAGCAGGACUUGGAGACAGAGGAAAUGAGGAGGAGAGAAGAGCAGCUGGAGAAGGCUCGUCUCAGAGGGAGGCAGGCUCUGAGGAAGGAACAGCUCAUGCAGGAUCGUGAGCGUUUGUUGGUUGAACUGGAACACAUGCAGCAGACAGAUCUGCUCAGGAGGAGGCAGCAGGUGUCGCAGAUGCCUCCUCAGAUCUUCCAGCCUCUCUUUAAGAGACAGGAAAUGAGGGAAGACUUCCAGAGGGAGAUGGAGUUCGCCUUUGAGGACAUGUACACUGGAGAGAGGAGGGUUAAAGGUGACCUGGUGGUCCAGCUGGCACCUGAGCCUCUUCCAGCCCACUCCACAACCAGCCAAGAUCAAGAGCUGGAUGUCACAGUGGAUGAAAUCACAACACCUGAAACAGAAAAUGCACAACAUGACACAGAGCAGGAACCUGGAAGCACUGAGCAGGAAACAUCAGCUGAAGUGGUUUCCCAGAAACCUGCUCCUCGACGGGCAUUGAAGAGGCUCCUGGAUCGUAUCAGGAGCCAAAGGAACCAGUGGAUUGACCACAGCAGUCGCAGCUCUGCUGCUGAUUCCCCAACUGUCAUCCGAGAUCAGAUCCCAGAGCGCGACAUGACGAUCGAAACAGGCUCUCUGAUCAGCGGAGGAAAAGACGAAUGGACUCCCACCGAGCCCCAGGAGGCUGACCGGUCUCCACCAGCAUCAGAGAAAACGCCGCUGCCAUCAUCAGCUUCAGAUACUCAGUUUCCUGCUGCUCUGGCCAAUAGAAUCCAAGAGUUUGAAGAAGAGCGAAAGAAACGGGAAGCAGAGCUUGAAAGGGAGAAGCAGCAGCAGAUGUUUUUGCUGCAGGAGCUGGAAGAGCAGAAGGCCAAGUUGGAGCAGAUGCUGCUUGAAGCUCAGCAGGAGAAAGAACGACUGAAGGCUGCCGUGACCCAGGAAGAAACCAUUAACCAACCAGAAGUGCCAGUCCAUGACCACGAUGUCAUCUCUAUCACCCCUAAUUUAGCCAAUGAGGUAGUUCCUCCUGCAGAUAAGGACGACCAUAGCAAAAGGAUCAGAGAAUACCAGCAGCGGUUGUUAGAACAAAACAGAAUCCACCAAAGAGUGAAAGUGGCUCGCCAGCGCCUGGAGGAAUACCAACAAGCUCUACAGAUUCGUUACAACAUGACUGCCACUUCAUUACUACCUCCUGUUGUGCCUCCAGGCCUUGCUCUUCCACCUCCAAACAGUACACAGUGUGUUCGUCAUCCAGGUCGUCUGCAAGCUGCGCCGGCUCCUCUCCAUGCUCCUCUCCAUGCUCCUCUCCACGCUCCUCUCCACGCUCCCUGGGCCCCUUUGCAGGCUCCUCUCCAUCCUCCUCUUCAUGCUCCUCUCCACCCCGCUCUGCAGACUCUCCAGGCUCCUCUCCAGGCUCCUCUCCAUCCCCCUCUGCAUACUUCCCAUGCUCCUCUUGUGGCUCCUCCCCAUGCUCCUCUUGUGGCUCCUCCCCAUGCUCCUCCCCACGCUCCUCCCCAUGCUCCUCCCCAUGCUCCUCUCCAGGCUGCUCUCCAUGCUCCUCUCCAGGCUCAUGCAGUGCCUGUGUAUAAUCAUGAAUUGCCACAAACCUCUGAGGAUGUUUCCACAGAAGAAUCCGACACAUUUCAGAGUGAUGCUGCUGCCGGACCUGGCCUGGCAUCAGUCCUCCACUCAGGACACCUCCACCCUCCACGAGCAGCAAAGCCCCCUAUGACACGCGUCAGGCUGGGCUUCUUGGAGAUGAUGACUGAACAGCACGAGCUCAGUGCUAUUCAAGAGGUGGAGACUCCAGUCGAUGGCAGCCAACUCACAGGCCCAGACAAUUUUAUUUUGUGUCAGUCUCCAAACAGGCCUCCUGGGUCUGACAGCUUCUCUUCUACUACCAUCUCCACCGGAAGCUACAUGACUACUGACCCAGAGCAGAAUGUAAACACCAGUGAGGAACAGCCAGAUAAAUCUCUCCUCCAUAAACGCACUGAUCAACAAGAAGGUGGAGCAGAUAUACAACACGUCUCCUGUCUGUCUGGUGAGAGCUUCUGUGUUAAGGAAAACUCAGCGACUGGCCCUCCUGGUCUGUCUGUGGACUCGAUGUUCAGUGACAGCAGUAUCCAACAAAUUAUAGACAAAUAUACUCGGGAACUUGACCUCUCCCUCAGCUCUGCUGGGAAAACAGACAGUGAAGGCUCACAUAUGGAAGAACACAGCGCUUCGGUCUCUCAGCAGUCUUUGUUUCGAGUCUUGGAGAGAAGAGGGGAGGAUGAAAGCUCUGCACGACGCCAGUCUCUCCUCUCAGACGCAGCAGGAACGGAGACGAGAGGCCUGGAAGUGCACAAUCAAGUUGAUCCCAAAGUGGGCGAGUUCUCUGCUGGGGCCUCAUUACUGGUUGACGACCACGAACAGGAUUCUUUCCGGCCUCUGAUUGGUCAGCUGGCAGACCGGUCAUCCUGCCUCGUUACCGAGCAGAGGGAUUCGGCCCUGGAGCAGCUGGUUGGUCAUCCGUCGGCUCACUCAUCAAUGCUCGGUCACUCUCCGGGCCAGCUGUUCUCCCCAAGUGCGGGUCAAGAUGGAUGGGAUUCCACACUGAGUCGGAUGAUUGGUCGGCUCUCCCAUCAGUCCAGCUCUCACUGGUUGAGCGGCGGGCGAGACCUUUAUGCAGGUCAUAUGAUGGGUCGGAUGGAGACGCAGCAGUCGACCUCAUGGUUAGAUGAAGCUCCCGAUGAGAGCCAGAUGAGACCCCUGGUAGGAGAGCUGGACGAGUCAGCAGAACAGCACAGUGGCAGCUCAGAAUCCUUCUCCCAGCUCAUCACCACCCAAUGCCAUCCCCAGGAGUCUGUUCUGAUAGUAUCUCCCACCGUGAGGGCAGAUGUUGAGCAAACAGCUGAGAUUCUGUCAAAUUUAUCCAUGUGUGAUGAUACACCUGCUUUGGGUGUGUCACGGGCAGAGGAAAGGCUUGGAGGCGCGGAUUCAAUCAGUGCCGAAGAGAUCAAGUGUGGUCACGGUCCAAAUCUGAGGAAUGUUUCUCCGGUCUCUGAUAAGAUACUGGAAACAGCCAAAGAGAAGGGGAUCCUGGAGCAGUCUGAGAUCACGCUGGUGAGCCUGACGGACUCUACGCUGCAGGACCAGGAGUCCACCAGCUCAGAGGAAGAGGGAGCUUGGAUAAUCAAGAAUCCAGAUGGAAGGGGUGAGGAAGGGCAGAAGGGCCAAGAGAUGGAGGGUGCAGAAUCUACGUUGAUACCGGAGGAGACUCCAGAGUACGACAGCCAAACACAUCCAGGUAAAGCAAGUGGAACAUAUCUGCCUGAGUCAAACCAUAGGCCUGAACAAGGAAGCAGGACUCUGAGCUCAGGGAGUGCCUGUUUGUCUGCUACAGAACAGCCUGCAUACCACACUGCGAGUGAUUCCGAACAGAAGAAGCUGGAUGACAUGAAGAUCUGCACGCUGGAGAAAAGGAGACCGAGUGAUUCCGAACAGAAGAAGCUGGAUGACAUGAAGAUCUGCACGCUGGAGAAAAGGAGACGUAAUCUUUCCAAGAUGCACCAGAGAACUCAAAGGCUGUACGAGCAGCUGGAGGAGGUGAAGCAUCGGAAAGCCUUAAAGAGUCGACAGGAAGAUUAUGCAAAAAACAGACUGAAAGCUAAGGAGUUCCACAAGAAAACCUUACAGAAGCUUCGUGCCAAGCAGACCCAACAGUGACCGACUUUGAUUGUGUCAUAGUUUACUUUGAAAAUUUAAUUUAUAGUUUUAUCAAUAAAGCAUUUUAAGUUAUUUGCACUCAAA